AUGUCCUUCGCGUUGGCGGUGGGCGCAAAACGCACGGCGCACACUUUGAAUCGCACCCGAACCAGCUCUGGUCGCGGUCGCGGUUGGGGUUGGGGUUGGGGAAAGGCGGGUGAACCCCCCUCCUCCCACGGUGGAUGGUGGAUGCAUCCCAUCGAGAGUGCCCCCCGCGACUGGUACUGGCCCCGGACGAUCGCCGUAAUCUCUACCCCAGACCCCUACCGCCUCAUCGCGGGCGGGGCGGGCCAUCGUCGACGUGGAUGCAGAUGCUCGGUCCUGCCAGGGGUCUCGAUGCAAGUCGGAAGCCGCAGCGCAAGAGAGCCGCAAACGUAA